AUGGCCGCUUCAUUUUCCUACGCUCAAGCAGCAAAGGGCAUUGCCCCCGCGCAGUCCCCAGCAAAAACAUCACCGGAAGAGCAGACCCAAGCGGGUUCGAAGCCGGAGGAGCAGAGUGUGGACUCUAGCUCGCAGACGAAUGCAGAUGCCGUGCCUUCCAAGGCCGAAACAGCCCAGGAAACCGAGGUGACCCACACUAUCGAGAAGGAAGUCGAUUCUACAGCUACCAAGGCCAACGCUUCUGAAGCAUCGAGUGAUGGCAACUCUUCCACGUCAUCUGUCCCCAAGGAUGAGGACGGAACAGAUACUCCCAACGGUACUUCGGAAUCUACUUGGGACAACAAGUCCCAAGCCUCGGGUACCGAGAAGACGAAUACUGGAGCAGACAGCACGAAGGACAAGAACGCUGAGAAGGAAAAGGCUGUGCCUGCUAAGGAACUGAAGGCUGCCCCGCUCCCUUCCGUGAACAUUUGGCAGCAGCGGAAAGAGGCGCAGGAGGCCAAGGCCAAGGCCGUUGCCGCAUUGAAGCCUGCCUCCAAGACGGGCACCUCGAAGACUGCAUCUGCCGCUUCCUCAGUGUCUGGUGAUCACCAAGCCGAGUCGAAACCGGCCUCCAAGAAGAAGGGAUCUGACGUUCCUUCGGAUGGCGCCAAGGACCGGAAGAAGGCUGAUGGAAAUAAGGCACGUGAUGACGGCGCCAGCAUCCCUCCUGUUGGAGACGAGAGCCUCUGGCCCACACCCCAGGUUGCUCAGGGUGAAGAGAAGAAGAAGGCUCAGGAGAAGUCCGAGAAGACUGAGAAGAGCCCUGUCAUCCGCCCUCACGGCAAGGAGAAGUGGAUGCCCGUUCCUUACGUUCCUACCGCUGUGUUCAACACCCCUCUUCCCUCUGCUCGUAGAGGCGGAAGGGCUGCCCGCGGUGGACGCGAAAACUCCCGCAACGGAACACAUGGUGCUGGAGCCGGUGCUGAUAAGGCUUCCGGCCAGGCUGCGCAGGGCUCUACGCCAAAGCAGGCCACCUCUGCUGACAGAGGAAGAAACGAGCAGAACUCCGGUCGCGCCAACUCGCUUCCCGCCCAGUCAAGGCGCUCUAACAGCGCUGACGCUGGACUGCCAGAUGCGCGUAAACACCAGGCAGCGGACCGCAACCGCGGGCCCAAGGGAGAGAAUGCAAAUGGAGCACCGGCCGGAAGAAACGCCAACGGGGCGGACACUUACCCCCGCCACCAUGCCAAGCAGUUCGCGAAGGGCCAUGAUGCAGGCCACAAGGGUGGCGAGCAUGGCGCUCGUAACCCUCAGCUUUCUGUGGAUGCCCAGGCUGGUCCUCGCCAGGACCGUCGCUUCGAGAAUGGCCCCAAGUCGGCAGAUUUCGCUAGCUUCCACGCCGAUCGCGAGCGCAAGGAGAAGGACUUCCCUCGUGAGUCGCGCCCCGAACGGGGACGAGGCGGACAUCGGGGAGGCCGUGGAGGCCAUGCUGGCUUCAACGGUGCUCAGAACGCUCACUUCCCCAACAACCACAUGUCGCACCACAAUUUCAUGCACCCCAAGUUUGGCUUCAACGAUCGCCAGAGGUCGCAACAACAUGGCCCUGUCAAUGGUUCUGGAGGACACAGAAUGAACAUCAGGUCGCCUUCCCUGCCGAAUUCCACUGCCAUGUAUGGUGUCUACCCCUACCCUGGUGAUAUCAACACGAUGUAUGGCUACCAGCCCAUGCAUGCUGGGCCGAUGACCGCAUAUCCCUAUGGCCAGUACUACGACCCUUACUCCCAGAUUGGCAUGAUCUCGAUGCAGGUCGAGUACUACUUCUCCGUGGAUAACUUGUGCAAGGAUCUUUUCCUCCGCAAACAUAUGGACUCCCAGGGCUAUGUUGGGCUGGCUUUCAUUGCUAGCUUCAAGCGCGUCAAGAGCUUGACCGAAGACUUCGAGCUUUUGCGCCAUGUUGCUCGCCAGCUGAGGAGCGUCGAGUAUGUUCAAGCUGAAGAUGGGCUGGACCGUCUGCGGCCGAGAGAGAAGUGGGAGCAAUGGGUUCUCCCUAUGGACCAGCGUGACCCUUCUGCCCAGAAUGACGGUCCUUCUCCUAGCAGUUCUGCGAAGCCUGAAGACGUCUACGUUGAUGGGGCUGUCAAUGGACAAGUUCUUAACGGUACCGCUGAUUUCCACGGUCCCAAGACGUCGCUAUCGUCUACUGCUCCGGAGUUUUCGCCUGCUGGCACUCAGAAUGGCCAAACUGAAAUCACAAAUGUACGAAAUCCCCUGUGA